CAGAAUAAAUACGUGUAAUUUGAAGCUUCAUCGAAUUAUAUUUUGUUAAAAAAAAUUCAUUGAUAAAUAUUAUUUAUUAUUUUCAAAAUGUUUUCCUUAAAACUUUUCAUGUUUAUAUUUUUAUUACUUUAUGUGAUUUUAUAUAUAAAAGCACAUAAUUCUCCAGAAAGUACAAUUAAACAAUUAGAUAACUUACUUAAGUAUCCGGGAUGGAAAAAUUUAAAUGAUGUAAGUUCUAUAAAAUUUUGUAAAAAAAUACAAUAUGUUAAAAAUCUGAUUGAAACACCUACACAUUAUUAUAAAGGUGAGCAAAAAAUUCGAGCCUUGACUAUAUACCUCGGUUGCACAUAUGCAAAAGUUAUGAUUAAUAUUUUUUCAAUUAUUAUCAAAUGGCAAGAAAUUUGUAAAAACCAAAAUAAAGAAGACGACGACUUAAAGAAUGAAUGCAUUUAUACUAAAGAACUCAUAAACAUAAUAGCCAAAUUAAUUGUUCCAAUAGCAAUAUUGUUAAAAGGCGCAUUGGACGCUUUAGAUUUAUUACAUCAUUUUCCAUGGGCUAAUUUUAAAAUGUUUCGCAAUAAACCCUACAUGAUAAGACUUUUAUUCGAUAGAAUAGGAUAUAUUCUUGACGAAUUGAAUGAUCCGAGUCUAUCAUGUGAUGAUACAUCUACAAACUCUUUGACACAUGAAAUUGUAUAUAAAUUUUUUAAAAGUAUAAUAGAACUUUUACAAGUUGAAACUGGUUUAUUUUGUGAAUUUGUACCUUCUAAUACAAAUUAUUUAUGGGAUGAAUGGGUUCAAGCAUAUAGAGCCAUUAAUAACCAGAGAGUAAAAUUAAUAUUUUUAAAAUUCUUAACCAUAAAAAUUAAAGAUUACAUCAAAACAGUAAUAUUAGAAAAGUAUUGUCAUCUGGGAUUUAAAUUUGAUCCAAUUACUGAAGAAACGUUUUUACCAACACCAGAGGAGCCAAUUGACCUAGAUUUGGAAUUUAAAGCAAUAGAUGAAGAACGUCCAACGCCAGUACAAAUAUAAACUCAUUAAAUGUAGUAAAAAAAAUUAAUUUGUUUUUACAUUUAUGUUUUAUAAUUAAUUAUAUUUAUAUUACUUAAUAAAUCUUUCAAAUAUUAUUAAAACAAAAACAUUUAUGGUGAAACACAUAAUUAUUUAUUGGUUGUACACAUGAAAAUAUUUAAUAUAAUAUUUAUAUUAACAAUUAUAAAAAUUUUAAUUGAGUACCAGAAGUGAAGC